UCAUGCUGCUGCCAAGUCCAAGUCUCUCAUGGGUCCCUGUACGGCCUCCCAUUGCUGCUGUCUCCAUCGCCACACUCUGCCAUGUGCCACUUUCAGGUCUCCUCACACUGCUGGUGUGUUCCAUUUUUUGUCAUAGGGUGCUGGCAGAUUACGGGCCUCCCAUAGCUGCUGCCAGGCCCCUAAUCUGCCAUGGGCCCCUAUAUACCGCCUCCUCAUGCUGCUGCCAAGUCCAGAGUCUCUCAUGGGUCCCUGUACGGCCUCCCAUUGCUGCUGCCUCCAUCGCCACACUCUGCCAUGUGCCACUUUCAGGUCUCCUCACACUGCUGGUGUGUUCCAUUUUUUGU